AUGUCUCGACGCACGACGGCCGGGGAGAGCCCCGAGUCGAAGCCGACAGCAUCACCGACAGAUAGUGACGAGACGCCUAAAGAUUGUGAAUCAGGGUCGAAACUCGAGCCCACCCAGACCAAUGGCACGCAGGCCAGGAAACACGCCACCUUCCGUCGCCGGGUGACAAUGUUAUCGCUCUUUAUGAUUCUCUUCCUCGCGGCUCUGGAUACCACUAUUGUAUCAACCGCACUGCCGACUAUAGCCUCAACUCUCGGUGCCAACACAGCGCAGUAUGCCUGGGUCGGCAGUUCGUAUACACUGGCAUCGACAUCUUCGACGCCCAUCUGGGCCAAGCUGUCCGAUGUGGCCGGGCGGAAGUUGGCUCUAAUUACCGCCAACUGCCUGUUCCUGGCCGGCGACGUUGUCGCAGCACUCGCACAAUCUACAGACAUGCUGAUCGCAGCAAGGGCUCUGCAAGGCGCAGGAGGCGGUGGCAUCAUGGUGCUGAUUACCAUCAUCAUCGGCGACUUGUUUGUGAUUGAGGAACGGGCCAAGUACUAUGGGUUGACGGGUGUGGUGUUUGCCAUCGCAAGCUCCACCGGGCCGAUCCUGGGCGGUGUUUUCACACAAAGUGUCGGCUGGAGAUGGUGUUUUUGGAUCCAACUGCCCAUUGGCUUUGCAUCGUUGAUGGUCAUCAUAUUUACUCUUCAGGUGGAGGCUCCGCAGGUCGCGCUGUGGACAGCCCUCCGGUCACUCGAUUGGACCGGCCUGGCUUUGAUCGUUGGCGGUGUCAUUAGUUUUCUCUAUGGCCUGGAAAGUGGCGGUGGCGGCCUUCUGCCGUGGAGCAAUGCGAAGGUGGUCGCACCUAUAGUCGUCGGCUUGGUGGUUUUGCUAAUGUUUUGCGCAUGGGAGGUCAAAUUCGCAAAGCAACCUCUUAUCCCGCCACGCAUCUUUUCCUCAGCAACCAACGUCGCUGCUUUCACGCUCCAGUGCCUCCACAGCUUUGUCUUCAUUUCGUACGAUUACUUCUUGCCCCUCUAUUUCCAGGCUGUCUUACGCUUCACGCCGGUCAUAUCUGGCGUCUCCCUGCUCGCCCUGGUCGUGCCCCUGUCAUGUAUGACGAUUUUCGCUGGCAUUUUCAUCAGGCGCACCGGAAAUUUUCUCUACGUCAUCUGGUUCGGCACGACCUUGAUGACACUAGGCACUGGUCUGCUCAUCGCUUUGGGCUCCUCAAAGAGUUGGGCUGAGAUUAUAUGCUACGAGAUCAUCAUCGGCAUCGGGACCGGCCCGCUGUUCCAAGCCCCAAUGAUCGCCCUGCAGUCUCACAUCCAGCAAGAGGAUAUGUCACCUGCCAUGUCCGCAUUGUCAUUUACGCGAAACCUCUUUUCUACCAUAUCCAUCAUUGUCGGAAGCAUUCUCAUUCAGAGCAGGUUGGGCACGAGCUCUCUCACGUCGUAUGCAUCUUCCGUUAUGCACGGUAAUGAGGGAACUUCGACUUCCACUGCCGCUUACGUUAACGCGUUGCAUCUAAUGUGGGCAUUUUAUACUGGGGCGUACAGUCGUGUUACCUCGUCCCUGGCUGCAUGCGAAUAUCAAGAGAAACUAACGACACCGGCAACUUCUGCUGCUAUUUUUCUCAGCAUCCCUCUCUGA